GUCUCAAAUAGCUGGCGGGAACAUGCAGGCACCACUCUCCUCUCUGUGACUGAAAUGAUGGGAGCUGUUCGGGCCUUGCUUAUUUGUGUGCUGACUUCCCUGCUAACCAAAGGCAUUUGCAUGCCAGUUGGUGACACAAAUGAAAUCGAUGGAGUACUGCCAACCUGGAUGGGAGGGUUCGAGUGGUUUCCCGAUAGCCUUUCCAUCAAGAAGGCCCUGGGACUCAUCCAGACAAUGGCCGAUUUGUUGAAGGAAAACGCUAAACAAGUUCUAGUGGGAGUCAAUGAUGUGGAAGCUGAAAUAUUGGUUGGACACAAACUUAAAAAGUUGCCCCCUUGCGAAGCCGUAGGAGGCCGCUUGAAGCAGGACGCGGCAGCGGGCAACGUGACACUGGACGCGGCAGCGGGCAACGUGACGCUGGACGCGGCAGGGGGCAACGUGACGCUGGACGCGGCAGGGGGCAACGUGACGCUGGACGCGGCAGGGGGCAACGUGACGCUGGACGCGGCAGGGGGCAACGUGACGCUGGACGCGGCAGGGGGCAACGUGACGCUGGACGCGGCAGGGGGCAACGUGACGCUGGACGCGGCGGCUGCAGGAGGCAACGUGACGCUGGACGCGGCGGCUGCAGGAGGCAACGUGACGCUGGACGCGGCGGCUGCAGGAGGCAACGUGACGCUGGACGCGGCGGCUGCAGGAGGCAACGUGACGCUGGACGAGGCGGCUGCAGGAGGCAACGUGACGCUGGACGAGGCGGCUGCAGGAGGCAACGUGACGCUGGACGAGGCGGCUGCAGGAGGCAACGUGACGCUGGACGAGGCGGCUGCAGGAGGCAACGUGACGCUGGACGAGGCGGCUGCAGGAGGCAACGUGACGCUGGACGAGGCGGCUGCAGGAGGCAACGUGACGCUGGACGAGGCGGCUGCAGGAGGCAACGUGACGCUGGACGAGGCGGCUGCAGGAGGCAACGUGACGCUGGACGAGGCGGCUGCAGGAGGCAACGUGACGCUGGACGAGGCGGCUGCAGGAGGCAACGUGCGCAUUGAACGCAGUACAGAACCUGUUGAUGAAGCCACAGAAGGAGAAUAUUUCAAAGCAGUCAGAGGAGGGAGAGGAGACUCUCCAAGUUUUGGAAACUUGGGAUUAACUCCACUACGUCAACAUCAGGUUCCCUUACACUGAGUUACUUUUUAAAAGCAGGAAACUGUUUUAGGAACCAUGCAAGAGCUCAUUGUGCAUCUGGCCUUUUUCUGCAGAAAAGCGGGAUAAGAUGUGUCUGCAUGUACCUGUUUCUGUCUCCACGGAAUAAAACUUUGUUUCAAAUUUA